AAUGGCGAACGCUCGCGCGUUGGGAUUACACUACCAAUGAAGACAAACAGAGCGCACAUCUUUGGGAAGCAAUGAGAGGAAAUCGACGCUAAACGCGCAUACAGCGAGAGACGGACGCGAAGGACGCGAGCGGCAGGGAGCUAAGGGGCUGCGGAUCAAAUGAAUGUCGCUGGCCGCCAAACGAGCGCGUGCGAGUCGCCGAAACCCGGCCAAUAAUUGGGCCGCGAAACGAGAGCGUUCCGAGGCGGGUUUGUCGCGCCACGCGUGCAGAAGAUCGCGUGAGGAUCGCGCUGCUCGCCAGCGUUCCACCGCGCGAGCGUGAAGGUGAACGGCCGCGGCCGUCGGAGUCGCGCUGUGCGUGCGGCGCCCGUCCGGUACGCGGCGGCGGGGAUGCGCACCGUGCGGGCCUCGCGUGCACUGGAAGCAGCGGAGCUCGACCGGCGGAUUUUAGCUAGAAGCACGGGAUUCUGUGGGUCUGCGCGUGCGAGCUGCUGCAGUAAUCUGACUGUCGCCACCGGGAACCUUGCUGCUUAUUUAUCAGUCCACGCACUUUAUUCGCGUCCCAUCACUGUGUGUAAAGUGGCUGCUCGCGUCAUAUCCCCCAGCCUUUGCAUCUGAGAAGCUCCACUUGCAUUGCAUUGAAACCAGUAGCUCCAAAGUCCAGAAUAACCUUGCUAAAAACACCAGCAGCAACUGACUGUGAAUCACCUCGACCACUAACACACUGCAGUGGAGACACAGGACACAGCAGCUGGUUGUGUUGCCUUCCCCGCAGUCUGUUGAUGUUUUUAAAGCUAUCAUAGAAUGGGAAGAUGAUUCAGUCCGCAGGAAUCUUUGCUCCGAAGCUCGAGAGAUAAAACAGAAAUGUGGUGUAUUGAUCCUGCAUGUUCCCCUGAAAGAGUCUCGCUGUUGUGAAGCUACCAGACACUCAGAAGUGAACUUCACUGGAUUUAUGUGCACAUUUGGAGUUGGUUUAUUAAAUGGGACGGUGCUGGUGAGGAGGAUCACUGUGUUUCCCCCGAAAGGAACUUUGACCCGUGAAGAGGCGAAAGGACUAAACUCACCUCAAGGAGUGGGGAGAGGAAAUAAUACUAACCCCACACUAAUGACAUGAUCUCAGACUGACAGAAAAACCACUAGCUACACUAGUAAACAGACAAACCUCACAGCCAUGAGCGUUCGACACCCGACCUCCACGCUGGAUAGUCCUUUUGCUGCUUGGUUGAGCAGUUUGACGUUGGGAGACUCAGAGCGCAGGUCUUCUCCUGGCCAGCAGAGGGAGACGCUGUCUGAUCUCCCCUCAGACAACGCAGGGACAGGUUUAGUCCAAAGAUGUGUGGUUGUGCAAAGGGACAAUCUGGGGUUUGGCUUCACCGUCUGUGGCGAGAGAAUCAAACUAGUGCAGAAUGUUCGGCCAGGUGGAGCGGCGGUCAAGGCUGGAGUUCAGGAAGGAGACCGGAUCAUUAAGGUCAACGGUUCAUUGGUUUCGUCCAUGUCUCAUCAGGAAGUGGUAAAAAUGAUCAAAUCCGGGACGUAUGUGGCCUUGACUCUUCAGGGCCCGCCUCCUUCAGUCGCGUCCAUCCCGCUUCAGCCCCUCCCCAGUGACCUCUUGCCCAAUCACAGGACAGCACCUGGUGAAGCCCCGCCUCCUCCACCAACUCCACCCACAGGAAGCAGCACCCCGACUCAGAGAAUCACUGGACCCAAACCAUUACAGGACCCCGAGGUGCAGAAACACGCCACAGAGAUCCUCCGAAAGAUGCUGGAGCAGGAGGAGGCAGAGCUGCAGAAGCUUCUGGAGGAGGAGUCUCGAAACCCCUCGCCUUCAUUAGAGGAGCGGAUAGAAAGUGCCAAACGAAGAGCCAACCAAGUCAGAGUGAAGAUCCGGCAGGAUCUGGAUGGCACUCGGUCAGAAGCUGUCGCUAGCUAUCUCACAGCUGGAGAAGGUCGGUUAUCGAUGGACUCCAGCGAAGGAGACGUCGAGGCGUUUGAGAGUCCCUUCUCCUCCCCGUCCACCUGAACCCUGCUCCGCCGGCAGGGAUCCGACACGCACCCCUCGGACUCGGGAGGGAAGUCGCAGAUCAUUGGACCAGAGGAAGAAGAAGAGGAUGAUGGGUAUUCCAUCAAUGAGAUGGACGGGCCGUUUCAAGGACAUCGAGCUGCUGAAGAGUCGUCCGCACACAUGACGGUCUUCAUGAGAUACGUUAGUCAACUACUGGAUCCAAACCCGCUGUUGUUUUAUCUGUCUGUGGAGGCGUAUCUGGGCUCGAGCCCUAAAGACGCCCGAUCGCUCGCCCCUCAGAUCUGCUCACACUUCCUGGACCACGAUGCGCCUGUGAAGAUUAAAGUCCGGGAGGAGUUCCUGACAGACAUAGAGUCUCGUCUGCACGCGCAGGAGGACAUCCGAGGGCCGCUGUCUGAGCUCCAGCAGCAGGUGCUUCCAGAUAUUCAAGAGCAGCUUCUAGACUACAGGUCAAGCAGACGAUGGGUCCUGGGCUCUCUGUUCGGAGAGAGCGACCUGCAGCAGUUAGACGGAGACCCGGUGAAAGAGCGGCAGGUGGUGGACAAACAGGUGCUGGCGCUCUGGACAUCCUGUGACUCAAAGCAUGAGGAGGACAGAAGCUCUCCGCUAGCGUCUGCGGUUCAUCUCUACCUCAGACACUCGGGCAUUAAACUCAGAGACUCCAAAGUGUUUCCCGGCUUGAUGUCCGAGAAGGAAAAGUGGCUUCCGUUCUUUCCUAAAGCUAAAAAGCUGAGCAGCGCCAGACGAGAGAGGGAUGGAGACGACAAGAAACGAAAUCCCAUCCUGAAGUACAUCGGCAAACCCAUAAGCACGUCCCAGUCCACGUUCCAUGUUCCUUUGUCCCCGGCUGAAGUUCGUCCUGGCAGCGUGAGAAACAUCAUUCAGCAGUUUGAGAAUAAUUCCGACUCCGUUGAAGAAGGGGAUACUGAGGGACAGCAGUUGUCUUCCAGCAGCUUUGGAGAGGACAGCAUGGACAGUCCGACCAUAUCAGUGCGCUUGGCUCGCAGCGAGUCUUUGAAGGCUCAGGGGGAGGGGCGUCGGCGAGGAGGCGGGACUGGGGCGGAGUCUGUUCCUCGUUCCCGUAGCGAUGUGGACAUGGAGGACUGUGAGGAGAGGGAGGGGCCGGGACUGAGGCUGUUACAUCACAGCGCCUCGUCUUCAGCCUCCAGCAGCUCGGCACGAUCGCUGGAGAACCCGACGCCGCCGUACACGCCUCGCUCUCAGCGCAGGAUGGUGGACGCUCCGGUGGCUCUGUUACCGGACGCUCCGGCUCUGGACGAGGACGUGAUUGACUCGCAGAACUGGCAGGAGACGGUGGAGCCACACGUUCUAGCGUCACUCAGCUCACGGGAGGUCGACCGACAGGCCGUUAUCUACGAGCUGUUCACCACAGAGGCGUCUCACCUGCGGACGCUACGGGUCCUGGAUCAGGUGUUUUAUCAGAAGAUGCAGAGCGUCCUCAGUCCAGAAGAGCUGUCCUGCAUCUUCCUGAACCUGCGGCACGUCUACGAGCUCCACGCGAGCUUAUGUGAGGCCAUGAAGAAGCGCAGGGAAUCGCCGGUCGUUCAGGGCAUCGGAGACAUCAUGCUGGCCAGACUGGAGGGAGAGGCUGGAGAUCAGUUCGAGGAGCAGGUGUCUCAUCUGUGCAGUCAGCAGAGUCAGGCGCUGGAGCUCAUCAAGAGCAAACAGCGCAAAGACCCUCGCUUCGCUCACCUCAUACAGGAGUGUGAGGCCAGUCCUCACUGCCGCAGGUUACAGCUGAAGGACCUGCUGGUGGCUGAGAUGCAGCGCUUGACCAAAUACCCGCUGCUGCUGGACAACAUCAUCAAACACACAGAGACGGCGUCUCCCGACCUGCAGCUGCUUCAGAGAGCUCAGGCCCGUUGCCGUGGGAUACUGCAGGCUGUUAACGAGGUCGUCAGGGAGACGGAGCACCGGCAUCGGCUCGGCCAAUACCAGCGCAGGCUGGACCUGACGCCUCUGGAGCGGCUGGCCAAUCCCGUCGCAGCACAGUUCAAGAAUCUGGAUCUCACCACCAAGAGGAUGAUCCACGAGGGGCCGCUCACGUGGAGGGUCAGCAAAGACAAAGCCAUCGAGGUGCAGGCGCUGCUGCUCUCGGAUCUGCUGGUGCUUCUUCAGAGGGGUGCAGACGAGCGGCUCGUCCUGCGCUGUCCCUCACGCUCGCUGGGCGGAGCUCCAGACCUCAAGAUCCCCUUCUGCCCAAUCCUGCGCCUCGACUCCGCCCUCGUCCGAUUGGUGGCGACAGACAAUAAAGCUCUGUAUGUGAUCAGCACGUCAGAGAGUCAGAUCUACGAGCUGGUGGCCGGGACGUCUUCAGAGAAGAACACUUGGAAGGAUCUGCUGGAAAAGACUAUCUCUGCAGCCACUCAAGGAGCAGGAUCGAGCAAACAGGGAUCGCCAGCGCCGUCCUCAGAUGCGCGAUCAUCUGCCAAUCCUUUAGAUGUGUCGGAGUCGUCCGUGUCUCUAGAGCGAGACUCUGCCAGUGAUGAUGAAACCGCUCUCACACCGACAGACGGAUCGGACACAUGCCGUCAUCAGGAUAGAGUCGGAUACCCCCGGACGAAAGCUGCUGUCGCCGAAGCUGCUCUCCAGGACGGUGAGCCAUUGUGUUCGCUUGCUAGUCUGUUGUUUUGUUUCAUGCAGGGUUUCCGCAGGUCCGUAAAAAGUCUUGCAAAGUCGUCACAUUUAAUGGUACAAGAAAGUCUUAAUUAUGGAAUCCGUCAGGUGGUUUUUAUUGGCCUGGAGGAUGGGUGGAGUCAGGAUUCAGAUGACACGCCCACAAAUGAGACGGCCAAUGAAAGGAGUCCUUUGACUGACGGAGCGGGGGUGGAGUUCUCUGAUCCCGCCCCCAGUGAGAGGUCCAGCCAAUGGGGGGAGGAGUCUGUAGAAGCUCCGCCUGUGGAGGCGCUGCAGUCGCCCGUGCGGGUGGUGAGGAAAGUUGUGGGUGCGGGCUGUUCUCUUCCUGACGACAUCACCGAUGAUGUCACUGCCGGCCAAUCCUCUCGGGACGGAGGAAACAUGUUUUAUCUGGUCAUGCCCAAAGAGCCGUCCAGCGCUCUCACAGACGAGAGCAGCACCGACGAGCUCAAAGACUCAGACGCGUCUCACAACAUCCAUCAGACUCCAGACACGUCCUUCAUCAGCGAGGAAGAGGAGCAGGAGACGCCCCGCCUCUCUCCAGCAGACCAAUCACUGACUGAGACCCUGAGUCGCAGGGAAAGACUCGGCCAAUCACAGCCAAGCCUCCAGCGACACGUGAUCAAAAACGUGGAUGAGAUCUUCAGCACCAUGGAGGAGCUGAUGAGGAAGCUGCAGCACCUGCGGGACAUUGAAGCCGAUCACUACAAACUCCUGAAGAAGUUAAGGAAGCCCGUCCCUGUGGAUAAAAUGUCAAGUGAUUUUGUCUACAAGUCUCCCACAGCGGUCCGAAUGCCAUCACUGGACCGCGGAGCUGGAGAUGGUAAAGAGGGCGUCUCAACAGAACCAGCUCAGCCCGAAAUCCAGUCCACUGGUUUCUGACACUUUACACUGGACCUGAGAGAGGACUUUCAUCUCGCACACACAGACUCGCGCAAACACACACUCCGCACUCUAUGAUGUAGCCCCUUCCCAGCAUGCCUUGCGCCUGGAAGCACCAUCCAGGCUAAAUUAUGUGUUGUUUGUGUCAAUCAGAAAUUCGUGUCUGGGGACGGACGACACUUCGGCCAGCGGCGAGAAAGAGAGGAUGAAAAAGAAAGUGAGGAUUGUAGUAGCACAUUCGAGAUGUUGUUGACGAAAGGCGUAAUUGUGAAGAGACGCGCGGAGAACAGGAAGUGAAAAACGCAAGUGGAACGUGAACUAGCGCGGCUGAAGACAUGACUCCGUCCUACGAAGGAAACCCAGCACUUUACCUGCUGUUCGUCUGUUUCUCGUCAGGAAACUCGUGAAUACAAACGGGCGACGCUUCGGCCGCGCAUAUCGUGAGCCGCGUCCGUUUACGGAUAAACUGCGUUGACAAAUUCAGGUUCUUUUGCACUGGGACCCCUGUGGAAAUACACGUGGGGGGGGAGGGGACGAAUAAGGAUGUCUCACGAAAUCAUUGUUCGUUCGUUAAUAUCGUAGCUUGUGAACACUAUGCGAAAAAAAAAAAAAAGGAAGGAAAACUAAAAAAAGUUGAAGGUUUUAUUUUGAAGGUUUGUGCUCAAAUAUCAAACGAACGUACGUUUGUUCAUUUCGGUUUCUACGCACAGUUUAACACUAUCGCACAGUUCGUAACUGGACUCCUGUUUGUAUCGUAACGUUAAAAAAGGGGCGUGUCUGUGAAUUCUGACAUCAUGUCAUGUGACCUGCAAGCUGACACACUUGUAUUACGUGUAAAUACUGUGAACUUUUGUCGCUCGCCGUUUGCGGUAGUUCAUUCGUAGCUCAACGGGUGCUCGAAACACAAAUGAAGGGAUCGGGAACUCUAAUAAAAAUAAAAAAAAAAUGACGCGACUUUGCGUUUGAAACACAAGCGUCUUUAUAAGUGUUUAACUUGUACACCUAACCUGCCCGAGGAGGAUUGUUACCUCGCCUCCUUUUAAGGUCGUUUCUUUUUAUUAUUUUUUAUUUUAAUAAUCGUUUUUGCGAGUUUAUGUGUGACUGCACAACGUGUUUAACGCGGAUUGAAUUCGUCGGCGGUUGCUUGUAUGGAUAACUACUGUUAACUCAGGUGGAGAAAUGUAGACGUGAUUUCUCUCGUUAGCUUUAACUCUCUCCCAUCGCGACUUCGGUUCCUUGCUUCAUUCCUCCAUCGUCCUACAUUCAUUCAUACUCGUCAGCGGCUCGACGAUUUGUACGCUGCACAACGAAGAAACCCAUACUCGUGCGAACUACUGAACGUAAAGGUUUGUUUUUAUUUUCGUUGACUCGUGUAAUAUAGUUGACGCGGCCUGUUUUAUAUGUUCAUUUUCUGUAAAGCUCUAGUCGUUUCUUUUAAUUUUAUUUUUGUAGAUAUGACAAACGAAAAGAUGUGUAAAUUAUUUUCUCUUCCUCUUUUUAAAAACGGCGCGAUUGUUAGAUGCACAGAAGGAAAAUGAAGACCCAUGUUAAAAAAAAAAAACUCAUUUGUUUUGUGAAAUUAAAAAUGUUAAAACAAAAUAAA